AAGAGUCAUUUCGGGAGUGUCGAAGUGUGUCUAUGGCUGCGGUAGUCGAGUUAUAGUUUGCUAAAUACGGUGCUACAGUGGGAAAGCUUGGUUCAGCGGCUUCACGAGGGAUUGUUGGAGGACCAUGGCGCGCGUGGGACUGUUGGUGGCGGUGUUGGCGGCGAGUUUUGUCGGGGGAACUCUCUCGCAAGUCCAAGACGACGCGGCGGUAGUCCCGACGUGUAGAGAAGUUCAGCAAGCAUGGGUGUACAAGAGUUUGGGCCCCAAGGACCUCGUGCCGACAGCACCGCGCAUAGGACACGAUCUGGCUGUCUGCUCCAAAGGGAAAACUUGCUGCACCAAGAGAAUGGAAGACAAGUACCUGGAAGCUUCCAAGAAGGAUUUCCAAGACGUCGUCCAGUCCACGAGCGCUUACUUAAAAUAUCUGGUGUCUCAAAACGCCGCCAGGUUUCAAGAACAAUUCCACGGUCUGAUUCAGAAGUCGGAGAACGAGACACACCAUCUGUUCAGGAACGUGUACAAGAACAUGGCCAUCGAGGCCAACUCACUCAUUGAAGGAUUCCACAGAAAACUUUCCUUUUACGUGAACGGUGCGGAGCUCAGCGUGACGGACAGCGUGAAGGACUUCUUCGACACGCUGUUCCCGCUGGUGUACCGGAGGUUACUGAACCCCAAGAUGACGGACAUGAGCGCGGACUACACCAACUGCGUCAUGGACUUGCAGCGGGAAGUGUUACCAUUCGGCGAGCUCCCGACGAGGAUCUCGACGCAGCUGCAGCGCUCGCUGUCGGCUGCUCGGGUCUUCGUGCAGGCGCUGAACCUCGGCGUCGAAGUGGUGAACACGACCAACCAUCUGGUCCUGACACGCGACUGCACCAAGGCGCUCCUCAAGUUCAAGUACUGCUCGCACUGCCAGGGCAAGCCGCUCAUCAAGCCCUGUGGAAAUUACUGCAUGAACGUGAUGCGCGGGUGCCUGGCCAGCGUAACGGAUAUCAACCCGCACUGGAAUUCCUACAUCGACGUCAUGCAGAGUCUGACUAAGGGCAUGAAAGGGAUGUACAGCGUGGAAACCGUCAUGGCCACCCUUCCCGACAAGGUUUCCGAGUCCAUCAUGAUCGCCAUGCAGAACGGACCCAGUCUUACAGCAAAGGUACAGAAGGCCUGCAGAAAACCGCGACAGAGAAAUAGGAGAGCUUCACAACCUGUGCUGACAGGAGGAGUCAGAAGAGCCGACAAACCACCAGCCAACUUAUACGAACACAUACAGACGUUUGUGCGACACCUAGCGAUGUCGAAAGGUUUCUACAGUAACCUGGCGGAAACGAUAUGCAACGACGACAGCCUCGCGGUGAGACCGGGUGAGGAAGAAACGUGCUGGAACGGCCUCAGCUACGGAAGAUAUACAAUCCCUGUUGUGGACAACGGUUUCCAAGCACAGCGAUUCAACCCCGAGUUGAGAGUAGACAAAGAAGAUGCCACCAUUGUCAACAUCAUCGACAAAUUAAAACACAUCAAAGAGUUGAUUGUGUCUAAGAUGGCGAUGUGGGAGGAGGACCCAGACUGGGACGACAGUGGUGGCAGCAGCGGGAUGGGACCAGACGGGGAGUACAGCGGGGAUAACGACGACGAGGACUACCAGGACUCCAGCGGCAGUGGGGACGGAGAGACCCCGCCUCUUACUGACCCUGGUGUUAGGACUGACGAGGGGAUGUACUUUGCAGAAGACGCGACAACCCCGAAACAGAAGACCCCCCCAGGCAACUCCAGAAGUGAGACCAUCAACGACAGAGACAGACAAGGCGCCGACCCCAACGUCCUUGGCACAGAAAGCGGUAGCACCGCGCCGGCGGCCACCAUGUCACUCAUCGCCAUAGCAACACUCACCGUCACAGCGUACUUAAGACAUACCCUCUAAUGCAACAGACGUUUCCCUUCCUCCAAAACCUUUGUAUGUAAUGAUCCCCCAGUUUUUCAGUUGUGUUGUUCGAUGCCCAGAACUUUUGUACAUACGGGACUAUAAUGUAUUAUAAUAGAGGUGAGCGGAAAAAUGUCAUAUAUACAGAGGAACAGUCUGACGGCAUUGUAUAUACGGAAUAUGCAUCUCUUGGCGCGGGUUAUUUUGUACUUACUUCGUCCGGAAGGAUUGCCGUCUUCUUUUUUGUGAACAGGAGGUUACUUAAGAAUGGGGAACGUAAAAGAGUAUUUGUAACUGUUGAGGUAAAUCGUAAUAAUUAAAGGCAUUGUACGUUAUUUGAACAAGUCGCUUGGACAUGGCAAACAAAUAUGAAAUGUUUGGGGGCAAUUCUACACAUCAGAAUGGUACAUUUGAGAGACCCCUUGUUUUUUUUUUUGAAAGUUUGAAUGUUCAAUUUCUGUCAGAUAGCAAAAUGUCCAAUUUACUGUCCAGAUAAUGCAUUGAAAGACUUGUUUCAUGAAUAUGAUAUGAAUGGGUGAUAACUAUCACAAAACACUAUAUAUACUGGUCUCACAUUUUUUAUUUAUAUUUUUCAUAUUUCAAUCUUGCCACCAAUAUUCAGUACCAAAAAUCAGAUGUUUAUUUUACUCCUUGGAGCAUUUUUCUGAAUUCGAGAAGACAAUAUCUCAUAUUUUAGUACUUUUUAAAUAAUUUUUUUCCUUUGGGACAGAAUUCUCAUGUAGAUGUUGAAAUGAGAGAGAGCCAGAUAUGACAAUUUUACGUGUAUUUAUGGGAAUGUAUGAGGAUAAUUCUGUGUACCUAACUAUGACUUCUUAAUUUGUGAUUGCGUCAAUUUAAUGAAAAUACAAAGAAGAAGUCUUGAACAAAUGAAGUUUUUGUUUGUGAUUUAAAGGUGGGGUCGGACUUACCGGUAUAUAUAACUGAAUUACUAUACAGACAACUUCAAUGUAGUUGUAACUUUUGACACAUUUUCAUCGUUAUGUUUUUUGUACCAUGACUAUACAUAUAAUAUGCUGUUACAGUAAGAUACAAACGUUAUGUGUUAUAAGCCCAAAAUUACUAGGUAAGGCCAGUGGGGUGUAGUUUUGUAUGUAUUAGCACUGCAAUGAGAUGUGCCUUGAAUGAAUUUUUUGAAUAUAUAUUUUGAUACUCCUUGGCCAUUCGAAUGAUGAUAGAAUUGCAGAUUGCUUGUUAUGUGAUGGCAUUUUGGUUCAUAUGGUUUAGGAUUUGGUGCAUAGUUGUAAGGGCAGCAUUUGUGUAUUAAUUAUCAUAUAUAGCAAAACUACCCUAUGAACACUCAACCUGUAACAGUCUACCUGUAAAAAUAUCAGAUAUUCUGUCUUGUAUGUAACAAUAAUUUUCUUUGUCGUAUGUUUGGUCACACUCGAGUUGGGCAACUAUCAAUAGAAAUCUGGAGGGGAAGGGCAUUUACAAACAUACAAUCUGAAAGGGGGUAGUCUCAUGUAUACUUGUUUAGCACUAAACAAUAUCAUUACAACUAUAAGCACACUUCCAGGGGAACUACAUUGAUAACAACAUUGUGCAACAAAUUAUUGUCCAGUCCCACUUGUAAAUUUUGCAGUAUUAUGGCCCAGGUAUUUUUCAUGACCAUUUCAAUUGACUUUUUUCUCAGUUUCUUAACACGUUGCUGCAAAAUUAAAAUUUCUAGUCCUUGAAUGUUGUAAAAGUUUUAAGUUUUUUAGAUUUUUUUUUGCCAUUUUCAUUCGUGAUUGUAUAAAGUAUUUGUCCUAUACUACAAUAUGUUGUGCUAGGUUUGCUGUGAAUCUGUAUUUGGGUGGUCAAGUGGUAUUUCUGAUUUGAUUCCUGUAGUCUCUAUCAGACUUCAUAGGAUUUGCUAAUGAGCAUAUAUUUCAACUAUAUGUAUGCCGAAACAGAUAGGGCCAGGACAUAUCCUAUGAAGACUAGUGGAGACUACAAUUUGUACUACGUAUCUAAGUCAUGACAUUUGUAAUUUAUUUCCAACCUACAACACAACAAUUUUUGUACAAAGAAACUGGAAGGCUGCCAUUCCUUGCGAGUAUGCUCAACUGUACCAAACAAACAAACAAAAGUUGUUAAUCACUUGUGUGCCACAUCUGUGUCCUAUAGUAAAUGAUUGAUUCCUCGUGUAAUUUGCAUGUUUCUAAUUUGCAUAAAUGGGACGUUUCCAUGCUCCUGAAACUGUAUCACAGCAGGGUUCUAGUUGUCAAAGACAAUUGCAAACAGUUGAGUUGAUAGACGUGGGGCCGAUUUUUGUGUACAAUGUUUGGUGACGUUGAUCAUGUACUGUUACCAGUGAUGUUUGCAGUCCAAUUCUUUUCCAAACACCAUCCUCCAAAUGACAAUAAAACUUGACCAAGUCA